GUGGAGUGCUCUCCCUAGGCCCAAUAGGCACAACAACGAGAUGCUGUUUCCAACAGAAAAUAUUUGAGGUGUAACAGACCGAAUCGACCCGGUUCAGAGCAAAUCGGUCGAAAUUAAGUGUGAAUCGAACCGCACCGAAUUUUUUCGGUUCGAUUCUUUCGAUUUUUGUUUUAAGCUACAAAACUAUUGUUGUGCGCCGCCCCCUCCCCUUCAUCACUCAGUCACUCACGGCACGAAGCCUGCAACCAUCCCCCUUCUCUUUUGCGAAAAUCGCGGCGACGGCGACGAGUCACGACCGGCGACGCUAGUGAGGGGUGGUAUUGAACGAGCGGCCGCAGCAAGCCCGGGAAAGUGCGGCGACCGGCGACGCUCUACCUGCGAGGCCCCAUUCAUAUUGGGCUCGAAAGUGUUGGGCCGAUUCUAAUCGGUUUUCAGGAAGCCCGAUUUACUUUUCACCUCAGCCCAAGACUCAAGAACCCUUCCCUCCCGCCGGACUGACGAAUUUUGCUUCCCCUUACUCUGAAAAUUUCCCUCCCAGCCACCAACGCGCUUAUCAGGAGCUCCAGCAAGAGGAACUGAAUUUUGGUGCUGAUCUUCUUUUGAUACUUCGAUAACGAAAUGGGGAAGUUGGGGAAGAAAGCGAGGAAGUUCGCGAAGAAGAAUCUUCAGUCUGUGCUCAAAAGGAAGCGGAAGCUGAAGUCUGUGUUCAAGAAGAAAGCUCCAUCAAGACAGGAGGAAGACAGCGUCGGAAAUCAAAAGGACGAUUUGUCGAAGUUCCCUAAUCGAAUGAAUGGUGAAGCUGAUGGAAACAACUAUGUUUCCCUUGAUGCAAUUUUCAGUGAAGAUGAAUAUGAUAUGCUUGAAGACGAUUCAGACAGUGAUGGAUAUAUUUCGGAGGAUUUGAGCUCUUUUAACACUGCUGGAAAUGAAAUUGAGAAUAACGCUGAAGGUGGGACUGGCACGAUCAAUCCCAAUGAUUUAUCAGCUCAGAACAAAGAAAUUCACUCAGAACUCGCAAAGAAAAUAGAGAAAUUGAACAGGUUGAAAGAAAAGGAUCCAGAAUUCUUGAAGUUUCUGGAAACCAAUGACAAGGCUGUUGAACGUUUCAGUGAUGAAGACACUAGUUCUGAUGAGCAAACAAUUGAUAAUGAUGUAUUAAAGCGAGAGGGACAGGGCAUUAGUUCUAAUAAAGGCUUGUUUCUGAGUAGCUCUCUCGUUGAUUCCUGGUGUCAUCAAGUUAAGCAUACGCAUGAUUUGUCUAUUCUUACCAGUCUAAUUAAUGGGUAUCGAGCUGCAUGUCACUAUGGAUCUGAAUCUACAAGCAAUGUUGAUGCCAUCUGGUCCUGUAGAAUUGGAAAGGGUGAAACUUUCUCCAAGAUACUACUUUUCAUGUUGCGUGAGGCUGACAAUUUAUUUAGGGAGCGUUUAGGACUUUUGAGCUCCAGCUGUAAGAAGGAGAUGAUUCUAGAGUUGAGAAACACCACAAAAUGGAAAACGCUUAAGCCUUUAAUUAAGUCAUAUUUAAGAAGUAGCUUGUUUCUCUUGAACGAGGCUUCAGAAACUGAGAUAUUGAGCUUCUCCUUGGCUCGAAUAAGAGCUUCCAUAAUAUAUUUUGCAGCUUUCCCAUCUCUACAGCGCAGGCUCACCAAGAUUGCAGUACAUUUGUGGGCAACUGGUGAAGGAACAAUAUCAUCCCUCUCAUUUCUCAUAAUACGAGACUUGAGUUCUAUGCUUGGGUCAAAUUGCUUCGACUCCUGUUGGAUUAAGAUGUACAAGGCCUGCGUUGCUGACUGCCAAUUUGCGGAGCCAAAUUUGCAUAAACAUAUGCAAUUUUUGAGAGACUCCUUUGUUGAGUUAUGCUCUCUUGAUGUCCAUAGAUCUACUACUAAGGCUAGGGUUUCAAUCCAGCAACUCACCAAGAUACUCCGUCAGGGUUUACGAACAAAGAAGAAAGAAGCGAUCAAGAUGAUAUGCAGUUGGCAAUAUAUCAAUUGCAUUGACCUCUGGGUUAAGUUCAUUGCUGUAAACUUCCAUGAUUAUGAUCUCCAAGCACCACUUUAUAACGUUAUUCAGAUUGUAAAUGGAGUGGCUGUGUUGUUUCCUGGCCCUAGAUAUUUACCUUUAAGAAUUAAAUGCAUUAAGUGGUUGAAUCACCUUUCCAGUUCCAGUGGGAUUUUUAUCCCUGUUGUAUCAAUGGUGUUGGAUAUUUUGGAACAUACAAUCAGCAAGGAGGCCAAGAAACCUGGGGUUGUCUUCAAUCACUUGUCCGUCCUACAGCUGCCGAAAUAUUGGUUAAAGUCACAGAACUUUGUGGAGGAGUGUGUUUUAUCUUCCAUUGAACUUCUUUCAGUUCACUUUUGUCAAUGGAGCUACAAUAUAUCCUUUCCUGAGCUAGCUACUAUACCACUUAUUCAACUUAAGAAGUUCCAUGCGACAACAACAACAGAGAAUCUCAAGCGCUUGGUAAAGCGUUUUAUUGAUCAGGUUGAGCAGAAUAUUGACUUCGUGCAAAAAAAGAGAGAUGAAGUAUCAUUUUCACCAAAAGAUCAGCAAGCUAUUGAAUCAUUUCUUCAGCUUGAGAAAUGCAACAGCAACGUUCCAUUUAUACAAUAUUACAAAAGCAUAAUGGACAAAGCUGGAUCCAGGAAUCUGGUUUUGGAUAAGAAGUUUCCUGGAGUGAACAAGAACAAGAAGAAAAAGCGGCAGCUUAAAAAUAACCAAAUCGAAUCAACUGCUAAUGGCAAAGGAGAUUCAGAGAAGGGAAGAGCGAAAAAGAGGAAAACUUAAGAACGCAUUUGCUGUUGUGCUCAUUUUUGUGAUCUGAGGAACAGGUUUAUCAGUCCUCUCUCUCUCUUCUUUCCUUGAAAGUCUGUGCGUGCCCCAAACCCAGAAAUUUUGAUACUGUUUUUAGGCCUAGAAACUCUUGGGUUGUAAAUUCAAAGGUCGAGGUUGAUAUAUGACAUAAAUCACGAGCCUACGAGUUGGAUAGAUCCGAUCCUAGAACCAAACUUUUAGCACCGGAAGAAUACUAUUAAUGAGACGAAUGCUGAGAAAAUAGUCAGUCAUCUUGAUUGGUUACGGCAUUGAAAUUCAGUCUUUGGGGUAAUUUCAAUUCUUUUGGGUAACUGAAAAUGCCAAAUGUUCAAAAGUCUUUCUUCAUAUAGUACUCUUGCUUGUUCAGUUCUCCAAAGAGGAAGCAAGUUUCAAUUUUGAUUUUUUUUGUUCUUGUUUAAUGUCAAUGAUAUUCAUGUAUAUGUUUAUUAAGAGAAACAACCAUAUAAAUUAUAGUCAGAAAGCACAGCUGAGUUGGUGCUCUGCCAUUGGUGGAUAUGGACUGCAGACUUCUCUUUGAAUUUUAUGAGCGGAUUUCUUAAUUACAUAUUGUUUCUUCA